AGGUCAAGAGAAAGAGGAAGCCAGUGAAGUGAGGGCGUGUAGUACCUCCAUCCUAGUCAUUCGUAGAGUAUUUUUAACAUCAGAGAAGUAUCCACUUCUAUAAUCAGUCGCCUAAAAAUAUCAAGAAGUUGUAUACAACUAGGGCAUCACAAAAGACUCGUCUGAUAAAUAUCCAGAAAUACUAUAUAAAUAAUAUCUAUAAUACAAUAGUAGACUCGUCUAAGAAAUAUCUAUAAUACUAGAGCAUUAGUUCUUACCUGACCUUUCUUUUUUCGGUUUUUGUUUUUUCUAGUUGGGUAUGCUCCACCAACAAUAUAAUACUACUAGAGUAUUAGCACCAUAUUAACUUAACUACAUCAAGAUGCCGACAGCAGUACAAAAGAAGGCUUCUCCUAAAAGCGGCAAGAAGGCUGCUACCAAAGGUAAGAGCGGAAUGAAGGUUGCAGGCAGUGAGAAGAACAAGAGCAUGAAGAGCACGACUACUGCUAAUGCUAGUGCUGCUAAAGCGAGUGCUAAUGCAGCUAUGAAGAAGAGCACUGCUGCUAAUGCUAUGAAGACGAGCAACAAGAAAGUGGUCGAGAGCAAGAUGAAAACGGCAACUCGUUCUAUGAAAGCCGCGGCCGCCGUGAAGAAAACCACGAUGAAAGUGUCACCAAUGAAGAAAUCAAAGCAGACUUCACCUCCAUCAAUCAAGGUGGCUCCAUCAAUGAAGGUGGCAUCGACGAUGAAGAAAUCGCCGAUGAAAAAGCCCAAACUUCUUCUGGAUCAUGCGUCGCCCUCAGCGGCAGCAACGACAGCCUCGCCUCCUCCUUCAAGUCCAGCACCUUCGGCCGCUGCGUCGGGCGCCGCCGCGACGCCACUUCUUCCAAGAGCGGACGCGCCAGUGACGGGUACUAAGGGCUAGCAGCCCAGCUUUUGAGAUUUUAAUUCUUGCAUGUGGGAUCGAUCCUUUUGCCGAAGUUGAAGCUUGAGGUCGUGGCAACAAAGCAAAGUAGAACCAGGUUUUUAUCUCUGUCUAGAACACAAUUCUUUCACUUCCACCUCUUCACUCGAUGAUACAUCUUGAAAGUUCUUUGAGACGAGUUGGCAGUCUUCAACGGGUGCCUGUGGGCCUCGUUGUGAAGGAUCCAUAACCUAACCUAACCUAACCUAGCCUAACCUAACCUAACCUAACCUAACCUUGAUCCAUAACCUAACCUAGCCUAACCUUCAUCCAUAACCUAACCUUUCCAGAAAAAAAAUCUCUACUUUGAGGUACCGUGAUCGCAGCAGCUCUUGGUCAAUUGGGUGUCGAUGUUGCUGUCGUUGGCGAUUUCGACAAGGAUUUGACGAUCUGCGAUCCGGCUAAGAAUAUGAACAAGUUUAUCCGCUUCCAAGUGGUCAGGAACGCUGCUGGGGAGUACUUUUUCGUGAACCAGUGGGGCCGUGUUGGGACUAGCGGACAGCAUCAAGUGAAAGGUCCUUUCGCAGCUCAAGGGGAAGCAGUGGUCCUCUUGGAAAAAAAGUUCAAGGAGAAGACUGGCGUCACUUGGGAAAAGAGGAACACACUCUUAAGGGUGGGCUUGAAGAUCAUGUGAUUCAAAUUUCUACUAGAAGUCAUUUUCUUGUUUUAUUCCGUUUUUUAAUAAAUUCCUUCUUGACGAAGUUCUUCAUUCUGAAAAAUGACAAAAUGAUGAACUUCGCUAGAAACGAAGUGCUUGGUCCUCAUCUAACUCUCGGGGCCAAUGAUCAGGAUUCAACAGCGAGGAAAGGCAAGGGGCACUAUGCUUCAACUUUGAACGACAGACUGGACGAAGCGAAGGCUGGAAGGUCGAUGGAAGCUGAUUCUGUUGCUGUCUCUCUGAUGUGGGAUCACAGUGACCCUUGUGUCAGGAACGACUUGGAUUUGCAGGUUCAGGCGCCGAGUGGCGAGUGGAUCACCUUUCGUCAAAAAACAUCAAUUAAGGCUUCUUUCCGUAAAAUUGAAACUUCAUGUUGAGAAUAAGCGUCUUUGCCGUGCUUUCCCUCAUCUUGAGAAGCAUCUUGGAGCAGUCUUUCGGUAAAAGAAAGGAGAGGGCACGGCAAAGAGCAAAGAUGCUCGCUUCCAUGGCCUCGAACGCUCACCCUCUCUUCAUAGGUGAGGUAACACUCCUAAGUCCUAUCCUAUGCAAAGAUGCUCUCCAAGAUGAAUCAGAGCUAACUCUACCUAUCCUAUCCUAAAUGCAAAGAUGCUCUCCCAGAUGAAUGAGUCAACACAACGGCAAGAACGCUCUAAGUGAAGGUGUGGAGGAAAGCUAGACGUGGAUCGGAUGCUAGAUUCUCCUCGACCGGUGGAGAAUGUAGUGUGGGCCCGAAAUGCACCCAAAGGCACGUACAGGGUCCGCGUCCACAAUUACCGUGCCAAUCACCAGAAUGCUAUCCCGUUUCAGGUGGGUCUGGUCAUCGGCAAGGAAGAUAUGAAAAUUUUCGAGUGCACGAUGGGAAAAGCAGGCCCGCGGAGAGCCGAUGUACUAGAUGACCCGGAGAAUACGGUCGAGGUUACCACUUUUGAAAUAUGCUAGCCGGGAUGAAGGUUGAUUCGUGUGCCUAUUCACGAGGUAAGUGGGACUGCAGCUUUUCCUAGAGUCACUUCCUUGGACUAGAUAUUCAAUUGGUCCCUUGUGUAUCCUCAUGUAGUAUUUGAACCCGCAUGUAGUUGGCCAUGAUUUAUAUGUAAUUUUAUACUGGUUCAGGUUAUUUAGUGAUAGUCAUGUUCGUAGUUCUCAUUCGUUUUCGUAUGGCCUCCCCGAUGUAUAUCUAAUGAAGAAUUGAUGUGUAACUCAGAGAUCAUUGACGUCCAUAUGCCGCCAUUGCCAUCCAUGACAGUUUUAUCUUGAAUAGAUAUCAGUGUUGUUCGCUUUCUGUACUCAUUGUGAAAAUACUACUAUUCAUUAAAUAGAUGGUCACAUUACAAAGAUGAUUGAGUUUUUCUGGUAGAACUUUUCCUCUGCCUCGUGUGGAAAAUUCGUCCGUUUCAAAUCAAGUCACAGUUUGAGAUAAGUCAAAAAUGUUUCAGGAGAAGAAAAUGGCCAAAGAAACAGUUGCUUAGAGGUAGUUUCUGAGCAACGGAAGCAUCCAUAGGACAGCCAAGCACGGUG